AUUAGGCCCCGAGGCCCUAACUACGCGGAAAAAUAUCAGACGGGGAAAUAACAGAACAACUUCCCCGAUGAACGCUCACCGCCGGCCGACUGUCGAGUCGGACACCGAUGAUUCCGACUCGGAGACGAUGCGAUGUCUCUCGUGCAAGGAAGAGUACGACUCGAUCGACGCCGGAACCUGCAAGGAGUGCUACGACGAGGCAACCGAGACCGAGCAAGAGUUGAAGAAAGAGAUCGACGAUCUCAAGGCUAAGAUCGCCUUCUUGAAAUUCUGCUCCGCUAUCGGUCAGAACCACUUCGACGGCAAAUUCUCCGACGUCGUCUUGGUCGCCUCCGACGACCAAGGCCCCGAUUGCUCGUCUCCGUUGCCCGUCCCUGCUCACAAGGCCGUUCUGGCAAGCCGCUCCCCUGUAUUCAGAGCAAUGCUUGAGAACCAAAUGGAAGAGAGCAUCAGUGGAACCAUAAAAAUCCCCGACGUAUCAUACGAUGCACUCAGAACCUUUGUCAACUACAUGUACACAGCUGAAGCACGCCUCGAUGAACAGAUGGCCUGCGACCUUUUGGUGCUGGCAGAGAAGUAUCAGAUCAAGUAUCUCAAAGGUUACUGUGAGACCUUUCUGGUCUCCAGAUUGAACUGGGAUAGCUCGUUGAUGAGCUAUGCAUUCGCUCACCAGCACAAUGCAAGGCAUGUGCUCCAAGCUUCGUUGUCUCUGAUCACGGAGAACAUGGACAAGCUCACUACACGGGAGGAGUAUUUGGAGCUGGUGGAGAAAGAUCCAAGGCUUGUGGUGGAGAUAUACGAAGCGUAUCUUGGGAAACAGGUGAAUACUGCUGCAGCUCGCGGGGAUUGCUCCAAGCAGAAGAAGCUGUAGGGGGGCAGUUGGUCUAGUAUAGAUUGUGAAUGUGGGUAGUAAUUAGUCGAUGCAGUUUUUUUGUUAUUCAUCUUUUUCCUAGGAUGGUUAUCUCAAGAGGACGCUUAUUAUCAGAAGA